AUGCCGAACGUCGGGGUGCAGACUGCUCCUGCGGACGAUGCGUUCCAUGUAGAACUUCCGUCUGCCGCCACGACCUACUCACCGCCCGCAGCCGACGACUCGGCGCAAAUGGGUUCGGCAGACCCUUCAAAUGGUUCAGCCGAAAUGUUCGUGGACAACAGCUGCUGUGCAGGUCUGAAAUUCCUAUGCUACAUAUCGCUGGUCAACAUGGCAAGGAUGAGUUCCAGCCGAGCUCAAGGUGGAGACGUCGUUCGUCUCUUUGCGUCCGACUCGUCGCCGAAGCAGGUUCGGCCUGUCCGAGCGGACGGUCAAGCAUGCGGCCUAACGGAUCCGAUGUUACUCGAUGCCGAACAUUGCGGUGCUGUUUUAGUUCGUGGACACACAGGACGUCCCGUCAAGACGGUACACGCCGCGAGCUUGCGGCAGGACCCUGUAAUGAAGUCGGCCAGCUUGAUAGAACGGAACUGGUAA